AUGCCAAAAAUCGUUUACGUAUUUGCCGAAUUAAUAGCUGCUGCUGAUGGUAUGUCACAUUUUAAUGGAAGCAGUAGUCGUACCUCGUCACAAGCUGAUAAAGAACAAGACAAAAUUUCUUAUGAUACGAAAACCAAUGAUGGAUUAUUGUUGAGUAGUCGCCCUACAAAUGAUGAAAAAGCGAGAAUAACCGCAUAUUUGGAAAAUAUAAAACAUACACCAAAAGCUUUUCCGAAAAUUGAGACAUUUUUUAGGGAUUUUACAGUUUCCGGAUAUACACUUUUGGACAUAAAAGAUGGAUAUGCACAAUUUCUUCCAGGUAUUGAUCCUGAAAUUCGUGAAAAUGUUAGAGCUGCUGCUCAAACCGUUAUACGAAGGAAUGUUAUGGCCUUCCAACAGCAAAGUCCUUCUUUACCUCCACGGCAACAAUUAACACCUUUAAAUCAAACUGCUGGUGCUUUAUAUAACCGACCAUUAAAUCAAACAAGUAGCACUUCAAAUAGUGAUCAGCAAAACUCUAGACGCACAUCUGUAAACUACGAUUCCCUACCAAUGCAAAGCAAUCCUUUAGUUCAACCAACGCAGCAAGAUUUGCCUGUUUCAGUACCCAGGCAACAAAUACCUCCGACGUCAGCAUUAAAACCUUCAGAUCAGAGAACUACUAUCGACAAUCCUAAAAAGUUACGAAUGUGGUUAUAUUUAUCUGCGUUGCCAAACUUUGAGAAAGCCAUUCAGAAUAAUUAUAUUGAUGAGUCCCUUGAACAUCUAAAAAAUAUUUUCGAAAUAUUUUUGAAGAUAAUGUUGGCAAUACUAUACAUAUGGAAGCAACGAAGUUCAUGCAAAAGCACGAUCAAAAUUAAUGGUGUAUUGUCUAGGCAUAAAAUAAACUUGCCAGACGCUAUCGAGUUGUAUACCACUUACCUAAAAUUUGAAGAAUUUAAACAGAGAUGGUUGGAAGAUGCUCUUUUAACAC